AACUAUAGUUCCUAAAAUAGGUCAUCGAGCGAAUAUUUAAAAAAAAAUUAAAGAAGAAAAACUCAGGCUUAUUACUGGUUGUCAGAGUGAUGUCACUAUUUUGUCAGAUUCAUUGACACAAAGGGAUCAUGUGUUUUCAUCCACAAGAACGUCAUCCUCAUUAACAUCCGCGGAAUAUGAUAGUGAUUCACACACAUCAGUAAUUCACAGCACACCGUUUACUUUUCCGCCCAACGACACAUUUAUGAAUGUGACAUUACUACCAGGAACUUCUACAUCAUCCACGGAUUUAUCUACUCUUGAAAACUAUACCUUGGAGCCCAUUGAAGAACUACCUGCUCCCUCAAUAAAUUCACGGGAAGCCGAGAGUGAAGCAAACACUUCUUUGGUUCCCCUUCCAAAAAAACCUAGACUGGAUACUAUUGAAAGUUUCGAUUUGCAGCAACUUCUUCAAAAAACACGCACAGGGCAGGCGAUAGUCAAUAUAUAUAAAGUAAAAAAAGUUUUAGAUAGCAUCAGUCAGUCCUACUUAGUAGACAUUAUAGUAUGUUUCUUUCUUAAUAACGAACAUUGGAGACUGACUAAUGAUGACUUUGAGGUAAUCGCCGGAAAAAUAAUAGCACUUUUUCCAAAUGAAAACAAGGAUGUAUAUUUUUGCCCUCCUAUAUAUAAAAAAUUUUCAAGGGACCACAAAUCUGAAGCUGCUAGAGGCAAAUUAGUGGAUAAGUACAAGAACAAGCUUACCUAUUUAAGAAAAGCGGGAGUUAUUCCUUUAAUGCGACAUUCUAGCUGUUCACCGGAAAAAGAAGUCAUUUCAGAGGAUUUUAAUCACAACGAUGAUUAUGUAUGGUUAAAAAAUAAUAUUGAGCCGUGGAAUGAUGUCCAAUCCUGUUGGAGAAGAACAUUUUCAUUACGAAACAAAUCUUUAACAGAUGAAAAAGACGUUGCACAAAUUUACGAAGAUUGGCCAAUUCUAAGAAAUCCUUUGGGAUAUACAUUGAUCGAAGACGAUUUUAAACGAAUUUAUCCUGAAAACUAUAACAAUCUAUUAUUAAAUUUCGAACAAGUAGUCGCUAAAGUAAUCGAGCUACGACAGACACAUUUGUCAAUUCGUGACAAACCUUGGGUUGAAAUUUUUAAAUCCACUACUACUACGGAUGAUUACAAAUCAUACACUGCUCUUCUAUUGUUAUCGGCUCUAAUUCCAUGUACAACGAGAUUAGUUAAAAAGAAGAAACAAUGGAAACCUAAUUGUGACGACGCUAUCAAUGGAAUAAUUAUAAAAGUAGAGAAUAUUGGUGACAUCGACGCCGCAAUAAGACAGAGAAAGCAAGAACAUGAAAAAAGUGGUUUACCGGUUCAGCCGUAUAUGAUUGUUGAAAUUGAAGGGUUGGAUGUCAAACAAAUUGUAUGUAUCAUAAAUGGAAAUUUGUAUUUAGUUCCAUCGAUAAAGAAAGGAAUCGAUACAUGCUUUAAGUUUACAAUGGUUUUAAAUUUGAAAUAUACAGCUGAAAGUGAACAUUUGUGGUACUUUAUACAAAGGGCUAUUUACAAUAUUGAAACUAAGUACGAUCAUAAAAUUCCGGCUAUUAUUAGUAUUGUUAACCAGUUAAAAACUUUUAAAUAAGCCUGUGUGUUAGGUGCAAAGGAAUGGAAAACUUAAAGUGUGUAAUCUGCAAAAAAAAAAUUAAAUUUGACGAUUUAAUAAAUCACAUAAAGUUUUAUCACAAAUAUAGUGAAAAUUUUGAAUGUGCGAUAUGUUUUCGUAUUUACACUAAUAUUUAUGUUCUUGAAAAGCACUUUAAAAGGAUUCAUGCAAAGUUUCCACACAUAGUCGAAAAGCCCGAUUGUAAUGUCGCAAAUAGUGUAUGUAAUAAUGACGUGAUCUCUAUGACGGAAAAUGUUGCAUUUGUUGACGAUUCUAUCGCAAGUUGCGCCCCAAGUUUCUCACAAACUUCUACAGCAGCACACGAAUUAGUACAUCGUUUUGUAUCAGAGUUGUAUAACAAAAAUAUAACAAGGAAAAUUAUUCAGCAAAUAGUAGAAAACUGUAAUGGUCUCUUUUCGGAUUUCACUGAUAACAUUGUU